AUGGAACUUGAUCCGUGUAUCAGAAUGAUUAUGUCUGAAAUAACAUGCAGUCUUACCGACUAUAUAGAGACCAAGACCCAGACUGACUUCGCUAGCAGUGGAUAUCGGAUUAACACAAACAUUCAAAAACCAAUUUGCAAAAUAACCAGAAACAAGAAUGUCAAAAUAAUGGGAUUGAAGAGGUUUAACCUGGAUAUGUUGAGUUACAAGGAUUUUGAUAUCCUCCAUUUCAGUGAUAUCAAUGGCUUCUAUGCCAGAAGGAGAAAUCUGUGUGGCACCAAAAUAAACACACUUAUUCUCAAUGCAUGCACGAUAAGCCUGGCCAAUUUGACCUAUCUCAUUGAACGAUGCAACAUAAAAGGAAUAGAAAUACACGAGGGUACUGGGAUAAUUGGAAAUGGUUUCUUUAACACUGAUUUUAUCAAUCACGGUGUGAAGCACCUGAAUAUAACUGAUCUCGAAUUGGUAGGUGCAAAUGGUAAGUUUAACUUGUUCAACCACAAAACACUCAACUUUGAUAGCGAUGACUUCUACUUGUCAUAUACGGUGAAUGGGCGAUUCUACAAAUCAUUCGAUUGCAGUACCACUACAAUUAUGCCUGGAGACAUGCCCAGAAAAGACAUCUUUGAAAAGGUUUCACUCAUGGACGUAUGUGAUAUUGAAAUCAUCAAGGAGUUCAGUAACGCAGUCCUAAUGAAGAUCAAUGAUAGUGUAAUACACAUAGAGAAGCUGCUCAAUAGCAUACCUGAAUCGCUUGAGUUCUUAUUGAUCGCAGAUAGCAGCUUUGUAUCGGAAGGAAUACAACUUAGACUAUUUUCUACGGGACAGAAUAUCAACGAGUCCAAUCUGGACAAUCUUGACUACAGUAAAAUAGAAAAGAGUAGAAUCAAAGAGAUUGUGCUGAUUAAUACAGCAAUUUCAUCAGAAAUGCUAAAUGUAUUCUGUAAAUUGCAGGAAUACUGUGAAGUAUACAUAGAAUAA